CCUCCCCCUUGCCUCGUUACAAGGGAUUUUUCUCCGGUUGUGAGAACCCGCCUCAGUCAUUGGAACGUGUGAAGUUAGGCAGUCUAGGGGUCUUGGCAUCGGGAGCUUGGUGACUGUGAUGUUGCCAGGGUGGAGCAGAUGUGCCAGGAGAGAGAGGCCUGUGAAGCGGCUGCCGCUGUGAGGCUUCUGGGACUUGCCUCUGGUAACAACUACAUUCUCCUAACGCUUGAUCAGCAUGAAUUUCAACAGAUGUCUGUAUAAUAUUGGGGAACAGCUGGGCAGUGAAGACCUGGCUGCCCUCAAGUUCCUGAGCCUGGACUACAUUCCACAUAGGAAGCAGGAACCCAUCAAGGAUGCCUUGGUGCUAUUCCAGAGGCUCCAGGAAAAGAGAAUGUUGGAGGAAAGCAACCUGUCCUUCUUGAAGGAGCUGCUUUUCCGAAUGAAUAGACUGGAUCUGCUCACCUACCUGGACACCAAUGAGGAGGAGAUGGAGAGGGAGCUUCAGAUGCCGGGCAGGGCCCAGAUCUCUGCCUAUAGGGUCAUGCUUUUUCAGAUUUCAGAAGAUAUGACCAAACAGGAAUUGAAGGACUUCAAGUUUUUUUUGAGCGAGAAGAUCGCCAGAUAUAAGCUGGAUGAUGACAUGACCUUGCUUGAUAUUUUCAUAGAGAUGGAGAAGAGGCUCAUGCUAGGGGAAAGAUACUUGGACACCCUGAAAAGAAUCUGUGAGCAAAUCAACAAGAGCUUGCUGAAGAAAAUCAACGAUUAUGAAGAACUAAGCAGAGAGCAAGGAAUGAGCCUUGGAAGAGGUCCAGAUGAAUUUUCAAACGAUGUGUCACAAUUGUUCAUAAGUGGGGGCUCCUUUGAAAUGCUGGCCAUGUCGGACUCUCCAGGAGAAAAGGACAGUGAGUCACAGACAUCGAACACAGUUUACCGAAUGAAAAGCAAACCUCGGGGAUACUGUUUGAUCUUUAACAAUUAUGAUUUUAGCAUAGCAAGGAAGGAUGUGCCCAAACUUCACAGCAUGAAGGAUAGGAAUGGAACAAACUUGGAUGCAGAGGCUUUGAGAAAGACCUUUAGUGAGCUUCAUUUUGAGAUAGUGCAUUACAAAGACUACACUGCGAAGAAAAUCUGUGAGGUUCUGAAAUCCUACCAAAGCAUGGACCACAAUAACAAGGACUGCUUCAUCUGCUGCAUCCUCUCCCAUGGAGACAAAGGCAUCAUCUAUGGCUCCGAUGGGCAGGAAGCCCCCAUCUAUGAGCUGACCUCUUACUUCACUGGUUCAAAGUGCCCUUCCCUUCUUGGCAAACCCAAAAUCUUUUUUAUUCAGGCUUGUCAAGGGUAUAACUACCAGAGAGGUAUAGCUGUUGAAACUGACUCAGAACAGAAGGAAACCUAUUUAGAAAUGGAUUCAUCGCUUCAGAAGAGAUAUAUCCCAGAUGAGGCUGACUUUCUGCUGGGGAUGGCCACCGUGGACAACUAUGUUUCCUACCGAAGCCCCAUGGAGGGGACCUGGUAUAUCCAGUCACUUUGCCAGAGCCUGAGAGAAAGAUGUCCUAGGGGUGAAGAUAUUCUCACCAUCCUUACCAAUGUGAACUUUGAAGUAAGCAAUAAGGAUGACAAGAAAAAUAUGGGCAAACAGAUGCCACAACCUACUUUCACACUGAGGAAAAAACUCUUCUUUCCCCUUAAUUGAUGCUAUUGUUUAGUUGCAUAACUAAACAGUAAUUAAAAUGCUGCUAUUUUA